AUGACAAAUUCAAACAAAAAAUCAUCAAACUUAAGAAAGGAUUUUCAUGCAAAAUGUUUUUUAGCCUCAAAACCUAUAAGUAAAGUUAAAAAUAGCUUUUUGAUGACUCUAGUAGGAAAAACAAUAUAUUGGAGAAUUAGUGCAGUGCCUCAGGCCAAUAAUGAAUCUGCAAUGGACCAUACAAGUGUCAAGCACCAUUUACCGAUAACUUAG